AUGGAGGAGGAGGCAGCAGCUGGUGUCGCCGAUGCGGCCUGGCUGGAGCCGGCUCUUGGGGAAGUGAAGCAGGAGGAGCCGGCUGCAGAUGAGUGGCAGGGAUGGGAGGAGGAGUGGUGGGACUCCACGAAGUACGAGCAGGUGGAGGUCGAGGUGGAGGAGCCCGCUCACAACGAAGCAUGGGGCAAAAAGCAGCUGAAGCCGUGGACUGCGGGCGGGCAUGAUGAUCCAUGGCAGAAGAAGCCUUACUGGAAGCCCAAGCCCCUGAAGAAGGAUGCAUGGUGGGGGUCGUCGGGCUCAAGCUCUUCGGGCGGCCGGUAUGGUGGCAAGUACGUGCAGGGCGGCUACGUGGAUCCCCAUGGAAACUUCCACCA